AUGUCACAACGUGGUUCUCCAGGCACUUCCUCAAAUAUUUGUUCCCAGCAGCAGAAGCAGCAGCAACAGCAACAACAACAACAAAUGCACAACCAGCGGAACCCCCAGCAGAAGGUCCAGCAGCACCAGAACCAACAAUUACAACACCAGCAGAAUCAAUCUUCACAGUAUCCCAUUAUAAUAGAUACAAAUCUCACUCCUUUUCAGAAUCCUUUUCAUUCCUUUUCUGCUCCUCCCUCAGCUUCUGUUCCCUACUUUUUAGCCUCAAACAUCUCCACCAGAUCUAAUGCCACAUCUCCAUUAGAUUCAACAAACGACAACAACAGUGUUGAUGAUAAUGCUAAUAGCAGUAUUCACAACCUUGACAGAAAUAGUAUCAAUAGCAUUACUAAUAGCUACAAUAUCAACACCACCUCUGGUCUAAAAUCAGAAUCAACAACCCCAACCGCAAUACCAUCAACUAAAAAAAAAGAAAACCCUUCUCAAUCUGCUAAGAAAAAGAGAGUAAGAAUCCCAAUAUCUUGCUCUUCUUGCCGUAAAAAAAAAAUUAAAUGCAACAGAAAAAAACCUUGUUCUGCCUGUUCUGAAAAAAAAACUGAACAUUUAUGUUCUUAUAUCAAUGAUUCUCCCUUUAUAAAUUCCUUAGUUUCUGAAAAAGAAUUAAUCCUAGAACUAAAGGAUCUCAAAUCUCAAAAUGAAUUAUUAAAAUUGCAACUUAAUGAUAUCAAACAUACAAACGCAAUUUUAAAUAACCAAAUUACUAAUUUAAGAAAGGCUAAAACACAAGCCAUUAAUAACAAUAACAAUACCAAUAACAAUAACAAUAACAAUAACAACACUAAUACUCAUACUAACAACAACAACAACAACACAUCUUCAAGCUCUUCGGCUUUGAACUACUAUUCUCCAAACUCUCCAAACAACAUCAACUCCUCUAAUGACAUAAAACUAUCUUUUGAAAAUUUCCAUUCUUCUUUUCAAAAGCAAAAUAGAUUAAUCUACUUUGGUGCAACCUCUUUUAGAACAAUAAUUGACAUGGACCCCUUUUUCUCUAAAAUUUAUCAUACCAUUUUUGCUAAAACAAAAAUGGAAAGAAAAAAAUUUAAACUGAAAAAAAAAAAAGUCAACUAUACAUCGGUUUUCCCAUUUUUAAACUCAAAUACUAAAUUGGGUUUAGCUUUUGAUAACAACCUUUUUCUCAAAAAUUUAUUAGAUUAUUUACCAAACUAUAAUACAUUAAAGCACUAUUUAUUGAAAUUUUUCAUCCUAGGUUUGCAUAAACUCUUUCCUCUAAUAACUCAAGAAUACAUGCUUUCUAUAUUUAAUGAUGUUUUUAUAUUCAUAGAUAAUAACAACAAUAUUGAUGAUUCUAAAAUCCCUUACUCGCAUCUUAUUCCUAAUGGCACAAAGGCUAACAUUGUCUCCUUUAUUUCUUCCCCAGAAAAUGACUUUAAAAUAUUAAUUAUUAAUAAAAGAACUGAUUUCGCAAAAAUCGCCUUAAUUCUAUUAGUUGUAAAAUUCUCUUUAACUUUUAACAAAGAAAUACUACAUCCUAAUAUUCCACAAAAUGAUGAUGAAAUCUUAAUCAUAUUUAUUGAAAAUUGUUUGUCUUUAUCCAACUUUAUGAAAAAUACCUCUGUUACUGCUUUGCAAGCUUUACUAUUAUUAAGAUGUCACAAAACUUAUCAUCCAGACGAUGGUGAUGGUGGUGAUUCUUCUAAUGGCUCCUUGCUUUUCUCCAUUUGUUUUAACAUGGCAAUUCAAAUGGGCUUUCACAGGAAAUCUGAAGUAAUGUAUGGUAAAAAUCUUGAAUCCUUUAAAUUGGAAACAAUCUCAUUUAAUUUAUUAUCAAAUGUUAAUACUGAAGAAAAAAAAUUCAAAACAAAACAGAAUAUCAUCAGAAUGAUGCUAUAUUGCUGGUUUUUUUUAUUAAACUUGGAUAUUCAUAGGUCCUUUGAUCUAGGUUAUCCCAUUACAUUUAACGAAAAUUUUUGUGAUAACUUUAAAUUUACUUCCUCAAUUGACUACUUAAAAAAAAUUAUUUGUCCCUCCAAAGCAAAGAAAAUGCUACCUCCCGAAACAGAACGAAUGAUUCACCAUGCAAUGCUUUAUCAAUAUAGAAAUAUUAUCGAUUUGCUCUUCAAACUACACGAUGAAAGAGAUCAUUUUAUAACAACUGUUCAGCUUGAAGUAUGCAUUCAUCAAUUAAUCCAAACAUACAAUUUCAAGCCUGUUUUUAUUCCAAUAUCACAAAACUUGAAAAGAGCUUAUAAUUUGUUGGGCGGAAAUCAAAAUCUGAAUAAAUCCGUAAAUCAAAACGAAAUCAUAGAGUUGAUCAGAAAUUUAAAACUUCAAUUGCAGUUGAUAGAUAAUAUUGUGACCAUGUUUAAUAUCCUAUGUCUUAGUGUGAAAAAUUAUAUUAACAGUCUAAAAGAAUCUAAUAUUCAAAUAGAUUCUGAUAAACUUGAAAAAUUAGAAACAUCAGAAAAUUAUUAUAGAAAUCAAACCACUAACUUUUCUAUUUUAAUUAUAUUGUUGUCUAAAAGAAUUCUUGCAGUAUCAAUAGAUAAAAAUCUUUCAUCCAUAAAUGGAGAUUUAAAAAAUCAACAUAUUUUUAAUAUUUAUUUGUAUCCAUAUAUCAAAAGAAUAGCACUAAGAUCAUCAACAUUUUUGUAUUCAAAUAUCUUUUGUAAAAAAAAGUAUCCGAGAAAUGGUGACAGGAAUUGUUGUCUUCUGAAUUCUAUAAAUUGUCAGCACCACAUUUCAAAUUUUUCUUUGGAAGAUUUUGAAAAAAUUUGUUUUAAAAAGAAUGUUUUUGAGAUCAACAUUGAAAAUUUUUCGGUAACCAAAAAUAACUUGGAAAACUUUCGCAAAGAAUUUAGGUUUUAUAAUUUUCACGAAAAGAAAAAUGAGUUAAAUGAACUUCUUUUUGAUUUUUUCUAUCGCACAAUAGGAGAAAAUUUGAAAAAUUAUUAUACAUUUUUUGUGAUUUAUCGAGUUUCGGUUAAUUUUUAUAAUUAUUUAAAAGACAAAAGGAUUUUUAGGUUGAGAAAUGACAAUGGAUCAAAUUAUAAUGAAAACGAAGGUCCAAAACGUAUUUGUGAAAGUUCUAAUAAAUCAAAAAAAGCAGGAAAUAAUGGUAGUAAAUCUCAAGAUGAAUUUAAUCUCAACAAAAUUAAACAAAAGAAAUGUGAUUAUAAUUUUGAUAAGAAUUCCCAGGAUUUACAGAAUUCACGAGUUUUUUGCAAUUCUCAAAGUUUCAAAAGUCCAAAAAACCUUAAGAGGACAUCUCAAGAUUUAACGUACAGUUCAAGCACCUUUUUAGGGAAUGAAGAUAAUCUUGAACCCAGGAUGAAUAAUAAUUUUACUUCUUUUCCAACUCCUUUUAAUGACACGCAACCUCAAGCGAACCAAAAUGAUGAAAAUUCAUGUUCAUCGAAUUAUAAAAGAAGAAAAACUAAUGAAAAUGAAGUGAUAUUUCCCGAAAAUUUUUCUGAUUUGAAAAAGGAUUUAGCAGAUAUUGAAGAGGCUAAAGAUAAUUCUAGAAACAUAAUAAGUAAUUUUUCAGGAAGUCAGAUUGAUUUUAGGGGAAUGGAUCUGCUUGAUAGCUAUCAGUCCAAUAUUGAAAAUUAUGACAACAAUAUUUUUGGAAUGAGCUUUAGUGAUAAAAAUAAUCAGGAAAACAGCAUUAAAAACGAUUUCACCACGAGAUAUGAAUAUGACUCCCUUAAUGAGUAUAAUUUUGAAAUAGAAGAAUUUUUGAAAUACUUUGAAAAUGGAAAGUAA